AUGUCCGUGGUGACCCUUCAGCUGGGUCAAUGUGGCAACCAAUUGGGGUUGUCCUUUUUCGACAAGUUGGCACAUGAGCUUGAGCACUUCUCGGCGGAGGAUCGCGAAUGCUUCUUCCGCUCUCACGAUGCCAAGACGAUUGCUUCGCACGAAUCGAAUGGCGCGGCGACAGCCCGCGCGGUGCUGAUUGACAUGGAGCCCAAGGUGGUCAACCAAUGCGUCGGGAACGCUGGCCGAACUAGCAGUGGUCUACCAUGGCAGUACGAUGAUGCGAACGUCGUAUGCGAACAAAGUGGAUCUGGAAACAAUUGGGCGUAUGGCUACGCCGUGCAUGGUGCAGCCUGCCACGAAGCUGUGCUAGACGUUGUUCGAAAGGAGGUCGAGCGAUGCGACUACUUCAAGGGGUUUUUGGCACUCCAAAGCUUGGCCGGUGGUACGGGCUCUGGUUUGGGCUCGUUCGUGUGCGAUAGUUUGCGUGAGCUGUACCCUACGUCGUACCUGUUAAACACGGUAGUGUGGCCGUAUCGAUCUGGCGAAGUGAUUGUGCAAAACUACAACACCCUUCUCACCAUGGCGUGUCUUUCCGAGUCGUCGGACGGAGUGUUGAUCGUGGAAAACGACUUGGCCGACCAAAUAUGCCGACGCUUGCUAGCCAUUCCAACGCCAUCGUUCCACCAAAUGAACCAAGUGCUGACCAACCAUAUUGCGGCCAUGCUCAUGCCGGCACUUCCAUUUCAAAAAGACACCCACACCAGUCGAUUUUCCAGCUGUGCAUUGCCCUCAAUCAUCCAGCACCUAUGCGCCCAUCCCGGAUUCAAGCUACUCAACGUCAAACUCGUGCCCCAGUUAGCCCAGAGGUCCCGGGACUUUAGUGUGCAUCAAUGGCCUGGAGUCCUGAAACAUCUCCAUCAAAUGCACAUUGCCAACUCUGGCAUGGACGAAGGGGUGCGAUGGGAUGUCUCUCUAGAGAAUGGACCGAUCAACAAGAGCGUGGCGAGUAUGCUCUUUGUACGGGGCCCUCACUGUGAUGGUCAAGUGGAUCCAUUUGCAUUUCGAGACCCUCGGUUGUACUGCCCCUGGACCACUGCACCAUUUACAUGCAUGUACCACCCGCGAGCGUUCAGUGAAUACGACAAGACGGCAGCGUUGUUGAGCAAUUCCCAAGCCAUUUUGCCGCAAGUGGAGUCGAUGCUCGAUAAAGCGCAUCGCAUGUUUACAUCCAACGCUUACGUCCACCAAUAUGCCAUCCAUGGCGUGGACGCCGACUUUUUCCAGUCGUGCUUUCUUCGCCUCGAUCAAAUGGUCGUGAAUUAUACAUCCAUGUAACAAUUAUAAUGAAAUGCUAGAAUUAUAACUCCA